AUUGUCUGUUUGAUAGUCUUCACACAGUUAAAGUCGUCACUUAUGUAGUCGUCAAUCAAAGCUUGAGAGAAACAAAAAGCCCAACAGAGAUCAAUAACUGACACGGUCACACACACAAGCCAUUUUAGAGAUGCAUAACUGACACAGCCAUUUUAGAGAUGCAUAACUGACACAGCCAUUUUAGAGAUGCAUAACUGACACAGCCAUUUUAGAGAUGCAUAACUGACACAAGCCAUUUUAGAGAUGCAUAACUGACACAAGCCAUUUUAGAGAUGCAUAACUGACACAAGCCAUUUUAGAGAUGCAUAACUGACACAGCCAUUUUAACAAACAAAGCCAGUGUCUCAGAUGGAACUAUCCAACCAGAAGAUAAAGAAUGGGAUGAAGCCAGUGGUUCAGAUGGAACUAUCCAACCAGAAGAUAAAGAAUGGGAUGAAGCCAGUGGUUCAGAUGGAACUAUCCAACCAGAAGUUAAAGAAUGGGAUGAAGCCAGUGGUUCAGAUGGAACUAUCCAACCAGAAGUUAAAGAAUGGGAUGAAGCCAGUGUCUCAGAUGGAACUAUCCAACCAGAAGAUAAAGAAUGGGAUGAAGCCAGUGGUUCAGAUGGAACUAUCCAACCAGAAGAUAAAGAAUGGGAUGAAGCCAGUGUCUCAGAUGGAACUAUCCAACCAGAAGAUAAAGAAUGGGAUGAAGCCAGUGGUUCAGAUGGAACUAUCCAACCAGAAGAUAAAGAAUGGGAUGAAGCCAGUGGUUCAGAUGGAACUAUCCAACCAGAAGAUAAAGAAUGGGAUGAAGCCAGUGUCUCAGAUGGAACUAUCCAACCAGAAGUUAAAGAAUGGGAUGAAGCCAGUGGUUCAGGUGGAACUAUCCAACCAGAAGUUAAAGAAUGGGAUGAAGCCAGUGUCUCAGAUGGAACUAUCCAACCAGAAGUUAAAGAAUGGGAUGAAGCCAGUGGUUCAGAUGGAACUAUCCAACCAGAAGAUAAAGAAUGGGAUGAAGCCAGUGGUUCAGAUGGAACUAUCCAACCAGAAGAUAAAGAAUGGGAUGAAGCCAGUGGUUCAGAUGGAACUAUCCAACCAGAAGAUAAAGAAUGGGAUGAAGCCAGUGGUUCAGAUGGAACUAUCCAACCAGAAGAUAAAGAAUGGGAUGAAGCCAGUGGUUCAGAUGGAACUAUCCAACCAGAAGAUAAAGAAUGGGAUGAAGCCAGUGGUUCAGAUGGAACUAUCCAACCAGAAGAUAAAGAAUGGGAUGAAGCCAGUGGUUCAGAUGGAACUAUCCAACCAGAAGAUAAAGAAUGGGAUGAAGCCAGUGGUUCAGAUGGAACUAUCCAACCAGAAGAUAAAGAAUGGGAUGAAGCCAGUGGUUCAGAUGGAACUAUCCAACCAGAAGAUAAAGAAUGGGAUGAAGCCAGUGGUUCAGAUGGAACUAUCCAACCAGAAGAUAAAGAAUGGGAUGAAGCCAGUGGUUCAGAUGGAACUAUCCAACCAGAAGAUAAAGAAUGGGAUGAAGCCAGUGGUUCAGAUGGAACUAUCCAACCAGAAGAUAAAGAAUGGGAUGAAGCCAGUGGUUCAGAUGGAACUAUCCAACCAGAAGAUAAAGAAUGGGAUGAAGCCAGUGGUUCAGAUGGAACUAUCCAACCAGAAGUUAAAGAAUGGGAUGAAGCCAGUGGUUCAGAUGGAACUAUCCAACCAGAAGAUAAAGAAUGGGAUGAAGCCAGUGGUUCAGAUGGAACUAUCCAACCAGAAGAUAAAGAAUGGGAUGAAGCCAGUGGUUCAGAUGGAACUAUCCAACCAGAAGAUAAAGAAUGGGAUGAAGCCAGUGGUUCAGAUGGAACUAUCCAACCAGAAGUUAAAGAAUGGGAUGAAGCCAGUGUCUCAGAUGGAACUAUCCAACCAGAAGUUAAAGAAUGGGAUGAAGCCAGUGGUUCAGAUGGAACUAUCCAACCAGAAGAUAAAGAAUGGGAUGAAGCCAACCUUGAGGGAGGCUGCAUCAGGGGUGGAGGGGAAGACCUUGAGGGAGGCUGCAUCAGGGGUGGAGGGGAAGACCUUGAGGGAGGCUGCAUCAGGGGUGGAGGGGAAGACCUUGAGGGAGGUUGCAGAAACAAACUUUCAAACAAAAGGAAACCUCUCCUACAGCUACCCAGAGUUAAAGGCCUCCUAG